AUGUCCACUCUAGAUAUAUCCAGGAUCACCUUAUCAUUGGCAUCAUCCAAGAUCAAAGAGCGUAAUGAUGCACUCUCUCUCCUUGAUACCCUUUCGUCCUCCAGAUUUAGCCUCACGGCAAAGCAAUUGAAACUACUCAUAAAUGCCAUCUUUGAGUUGAUACAACUCGAAUCUUCCUUAUACAAAGCAAACCCAAUAGCAGCCACAGAUACCCGACUCUCUAGGGCUGCCCUAUCGCUCAAGCUCAUCCUUGAGAAGUCCAGCUCGAUUCAAUUGAAGUACAAGACCCUCUUGGGAAUAACCUCCAAUAUCGUAGACAACUUCUUCAUAGAGCAAAAAGUACUCGAGCCAUGCGCCUUGGACUUUGCCAUUAUCUUCAAUAGAAUAUUGGCCCUCGAUUACUUUAUUGAACACUUAACUAUCGAAGAAUGGAACGGAAUCUGCCAUUUUUUGACCCGGGUGCUCUCCAUGCUUAUUUCACAGUGGAACAACAGCUAUAACUCGCUAAUCACUACAAUGUUUGAAGCAUUACACAACUUGUACCAGUGCCUGACUUCGGUAAACUAUUUGCAUAUUUAUCAUAACUACAAAAUCUUGUACCCUAUCAUCGAGGACUCCCUGCAACUAUUCAAGUCUGACCACCAAAUUGUCACCAUAAACUUAAAAUUGAUCAACAAAUUGGCCAUAGUGCUAUCAACGCAAGAUGCUUCCUUCGUUAAUAAAUUAUUGGGGUUGGGUGUGAAAAUUUUAUUAAACAACCAUAACACAACCUGGGAUUCCAUUCAAAUUCAAAUUCUAACGUUUUUAAACCUUUCUGCAACUCACAGCUUAAUGAACUGGGGCCUCUUAACAAAAGAGUUCCAGGAAGAAGAAAUGGCCUUAGUCCUUGACUCGCAGACCUUACCUCCAACAUUCUCAGAAACAAGACCGGAAACUAAUGAUAUUCUAGUGUACAACGUAAAAACGUUGAUCCUUAAUCUUAUCUCAAAAUUGAAUACAGGCGAUUACAAGUUUGAGUCAAGUGAUAUUGGAAUUAUCCAUACCACCGAUCAUGAAAGGACGUGGUUUAAACUUAACACAAUAUAUUUAAAGUCGGGGAAUCACAAGUCCUGGAUGCUUGCUCUUGGUAUAAGCAGACUAGUUUGCACAUACUACAAGUUGAAACAGUCUCUCUCUGAAAACUCCGACGAAAGUGAUUCUUCUAGAAUAGAAUCUUUCGAGACCCCUAGAAAAAGAUUGAAAGUGGAUAGAUUCAGCAGUGUAUUAGAUAAAGCGGCCAAUCCCUCCGAAUUUUUUAUUCAAUUAGCAAAAGAACAUCUUUCUGCACAGGAACAACAAAAGACAUUACAGUUAUUGGUAUUCUAUCUAGAAAGUGAUGAACAAAACCCAUAUGUCGACAAUUCUGUGUUGAAUGAGCUUUCCAGAUUGACACUAUGGUCUUUUAAAGAUGAGUUCAAAUUUUGGACUUUCCAUUCCAUCGGGUCAAUCGUUUAUUAUCAGACAGACAUGACAGAUAUACACGUGCAAUUGUUGAAGCUUUCACUCCAAAGUUUAAAAGAUCCUUCAGCAUGGCAAAUUUCAUGCAGUUUAUUCUACAACUUAGUACUACUUUCACCAAAUGAAGAAAUUACCACAGACAUUUCAUUGGUGACACAAUUGGACAGCCUAAUUGAACUUCCGAAAAUAAAUGGACCGCUUAUGUUGAGUAACGAAGCUAUUCAAUUUUGGUAUGCUAUCUACAAAUUCAUGAUAAGAAUAGACUUUCAGAAGCGAGCGCUUAUUUCUCGUGGAAUUGAAACUUGGCUGAUUGACAAAUUAGAAAGAAACCAGAUUAAUGAAAAUAAUUUAUUAUUGAGCUGUUCAGGUUUGCCUAAAUUCAUCGGAUGGUUAUGUGGAGUUGAGGUGGAGUAUAAUGUCCCUACUGCACUACCAUCUUUGUAUUGUGGCCCAAUGGCAGAAUUUUGUUUAUUUGAGAAAACAUUUCACAAGCUUGAAGAGUUCAUGCUAAUAAAAACAUCCCAUCAAAAACCUGAAAACUCUAAGAUAAAAGAUUUUGCCUUAGAUCAUCUCUCAAAGCAGGAUUUUACUGGUUUAUUUGAAGUGCUAUUGAGAUCUUGUGAGUCAAGUUUGGAUCCAUAUCUUAACUUCCAGUGGGGAUCAAUACUUAUUAAACUUGGGUCAUUACUCAGUGUUUCUGGAAAUAUGGGGUCUAUUUGUGCGAGGAUUGAACAGAAUUCUGAAGAGCUUUUCGAGUCUUCAAAAGGACUUUCAGACGAAAGCAAGUUGAAUAUUUUGAGUCUAGCGAGUAGAAUGGAGUGGGAUAUUAGCUUGCCGAUCAAUCUUGAUGACUAUUUGUUGUUUAAUGACUUUACCUCUCAUGAAGAUAGCAGGGAAGCAUCGGCCGCCCCAAUGGAAUUAAUUAGUGCAGAUAAUCUGGGAAUGGAUGUGCUGGGGGAUUUUUUUGGCAAUGAGUUCAAUGAAGUCAAAUUUAGGUCAAGGAAAGAUUUCCCUGUUGCAAACUCAAAAAACAAGUUUAAAUUAGAGUAUUCUUGUAUUCCCUCGGUUGAAUCAACGAAAUUUUUGAUCAACUUUAAUAAGUCGCGAAACCUCCAAUUUGCUAGCAGUUUGUCCUCAUUGGCGAUAUAUCUUGAUCAACUAAACCUUCCUGAUUUUCUUAGUACAGUUUAUUUCCUUGUUGGUUAUAUUGAACAUUCUCAUAUUGAACCAUCUAGCAUUUCACCGCAUUUAUCUUCAAUCGUACGGCUAAUGGGUGAAAGAAUUCUCACAAAUCAUGAGUUAGAACGAAACGAGUUAACAAUAAUCACAGUCUCAAAAUUAUUAACUCUACUGGUAUCACUAUUUGUCAAUGGAACUGAUGAUGAUUUUAAAAGAGAUUGCUUUGAUAUGUCUGGGUGGCUAAUAGAAUGUGGAGAAAAGGCAUUGAUCUAUACACAAGAAUCAGUAACUGAAUACUGCAAGUGGUUAUGUGUAUUCAUGUUGCGAAACGAUGAAACGAUAAUAAGUAACAUGCUUGUCCAAUCAAAUAUGCUCAACUAUGUACGCCAGUCACCGAACAUCAUUAAGAUAAGCUUGGCUGUGAGUAUUCUCAAAUGGCUUGACCUGCUCCUUGGCUCGAAAAGAACGAUAGAAUAUCAUGCUUUAGUAAGUUGUUUUGUUAAUCCCGAGGAGCUCAGAGAGACUGCAUCAACUUACUCGUUGUUUUUCAUGAUUAUUUCAAGAAAUUCGACAUCCAUUUUCAUUACGUCGUUGUUUAACCAACUCAAGCUAUCAAAAUUUGGCCAGUUUGCACAUUAUUUGGAACCCACGCUUGAAGGUUAUGCCGAUAUUAUGAACUUAUCAAAUACAAAAGAAUUAUUUACCUGUUACAAGCUAGAGAUAUUGAGAUUUUGGUGGAAAUUUGAUAAUCUAAGUUUGUUUCCUUGGAAAGUUUUUGGAUUCAAUGAUCAGGCCCAAUUCUUAAAAUCCAAUUACAAAGAAAUUGUUGCUGUGUCAAUGACAACAAAAGAGGAAAAACACUCCUUAGAAACAGACUCAGAGGUCGAUAAUCUUUACUUAAAGAUAGCACAGUCGAGAGACUCUUCCUUGACGAAUAUCAUAAAUGAAAGUAUCCCCCUAAUCAUUGCUUUGGCUUAUAGCAAAGAUGGUAUACGUAACCAAAUAUUUGAGCUAUUGGCUAAUCAGAAUAUUCAGUACAAAUUGCUGCUUACUAAAGAUCUUCAGAUUGCCAUUUUACAAAUCAUAAGUCAUACAGAUCUUUCAAAUGAUACUCUUUUGAAAGAUUUGUUCGCGUCGGAUCUGGCAAGUUCAUUAUUUUUGCGUUCGUACAUCUUACCAAAGAAUGAAAAAACUUCGAUUUCUAUUAAUUCGAGUUUAGAUUUGAUUCAAAAGUUGGUGCAGAAGUAUGGUAAGGGUGGUAAAGAGUUCUGGAAUGUACACACGGUUUACUUUCUCAUCAGAAGAAUUUCUCUAACAUAUAAAAGUUCCAGGUCCAUCGAAGAUAAGAUACAAUUAUUAAGGCAAAUCAAACUUAUUGUUUUACUAGGUGGAUCACACACUCGUCUGGAGUUUCAGGUUGUUAAUCUCAUCAUAAGAUGUUUGUGCGCUUUGUCUGGGGAUGCAACAGUGCACGAAGAAUCAGAAUUAACUCUUUACUUUUGUCAAGACAUUCUGGGUAUUCUCCAGUCAUUUGAUAUUCAGUAUUUUUCAAGGUAUGCUGAAGAUGUCCUUCCGUUGAUGAUUCAUCUCAUCUCAGUCCUCCUCAAGGCUCCAAAAGCAGUGCUUUCGAAAAGUCUUUUGAAGAAUCUAAAGGAGUACAUUUUACAUUUGGAAUCGAAAAGAUCCAUCUAUCCAAUAUUGAUUACUGCAGUUGAGAUUUUGGGAUCAUUUCCAACGCACUUACCACCGUGGUCAAUUGAGAAAUUCUUGGCCGAUUCAAAAGAGAUAGAGAUUUGCACUGGUGGAGGAAACUUGAAUGAUAUCUUGAGUCUAAUUUCAAACAUUUUUCCAUCCGAAAUUUCGAGCACUAUACUGGAUUACAGUGACAACGUGGUUAAAAUUCUUUUAAAAGUGAAGUCUACUGAUUAUCCAAAGCAAUCAAACAAUUUUAAACUUUGGAGUGCAAGAUACUUGGGAAAGUAUUAUCUCAAUGGUGGUUUGAUGGAUGGUCCAGAAAGAAUCUUGGAACAAAGGGAAUUUGAGAAUAUUGAUGGUAAUGAUUUCUUUAAUGCUAUAUCCUCAUUUGGUAUUUUAUUGAGGCUGAUUGAAAGCUACUUGUCAGAUGAGAAUCCAGAAAUAUGUGCGUGUGCCGAAAGUAUCAUGGGUUCCUUGAUCCAAAUGCUAAAAUCAAGCAAUUCGUCAAGCAUACACGCAAAGGACUUUUCGCUGUUGCUUUCGCCCUAUUUGACAUACAUACUUCCGUUGAGUUAUCAGUCUUGUAACCAGUUGAAUGAUGAACCCAGUUAUCAAUUGAACGAAAAUGUCCAUUCUUUCAUUUCUAACAUCCAUGAGAAAGCGAAAGAAGGUGCUGAGAUGUUCGCUUUCCGAUUUUUCCUGUCCAUUCUCAACGAGUUAUCAGAGAAAAUCAGUCUUGCUCCUUUAAUGGCCAUAUUUGCAUCUAAGGUUCCUGGAUUUGCAAGAAAACAGUUGCCAUUUCUUCUCUGCUACUAUGCCAACACCAAAAAUGAUGCGUUAAAACUUGUUACUGAGGCCGUCUUUCAGAUGCACAACAUGGAAAUGCCAAACGAGAUGAUACGACUUUUUAUGGACAUAUUGGUUUCAAUGCGUAUAUGUUUUCGAAAAGGAUUAAGCGCUUUCGGAGCCAUAUUUGACUCACUAGACCUUGAAAUAUGCUAUAAACUUGCCUCGGAGAUCAACUUGUAUCACACUGCAUUGAUGAUUUUUGAAGAUAAAAUGAAUGGCUCUAAUAUCAACUGUGUGAAUAUGAAAACAGAAAAUCCAAAUUCAAUUAUCUUGAGGAAAAUAUACCAAUCUCUUGACGAUGAAGAUCUUGUUUAUGGCUUGCCAGUUGAGACAUCUUUGGAUUAUGCAUUUAAACUGGUCGAAACCACUUCAUCAGAUCUCUUCAAUUUUGAUAGUGGAUACCUUGAUGCACAUAUUACAUUGGAUGAUAAGAAUACUCCUUCGGGGCCUGUCCUUAAAUCCAUGUUAGCCAACGGUUAUUUGGGUGUUUCCAAAAUGCUUAACCAGGAGGGUUCUAAUAAUUAUGAGUGGGCAUGGAAAUUGAAUUGUUGGGAUUUACCAGCAGUUCAGAAGCCAGAUAAUGAAAACGCGAUACUCUACAAAGCCUUGAAACUAAUUCUUGAACGCUCAGCACCUGGCACGAACAUAUGUGAGAAUAUGCUUGUUGAAGUCCUUUCGAAUAAGGAUCGCUUCGUUGAUAGUUUCCUGGAUAUUAAGACUAUAGGGAAUCAGUCACUUAGCUGGAUGAAGCUGAUUGCAACUCUUGAGAGUGUUAGGGAUAUCAUUGAUUAUUUUAAUGAUUUCGACUUUGUUAAACCCAUUGAGAAUUUCAAUGAUCAAACUAAGUGGUUCGAACGUUGUGAUAUUGACUUUUCGGAAAAUAUACUCAAUGCAAGACAAGUAGCCUUUCAAAUUCUAGCAGGCCAAUCUGGUAAGCAGUCUCGUUGGCAUUGGCUUGCUAUCAUUAACGAGUUAUCCAGGUUUAAUAACAUUGCUCGUAACAACAGAAAGCAACAGAAAAUGAUAAGCUCGACUAUUUUGUUAGACCGGAUAGCAAAAAACAAAAUAUCUUCUGCUGAUGCUAUUACUAAACAGAUUUCUAAUCUCUCCAAAUAUCAUAAUGCUUGUUCCUUAUGGUCACAAGGACAGACAAGUAUUCCAGUUUUAAUGCUUCAGGAAAUUCAGGAAGAUGGUGGGAUCUCUCUCCCUGUGAAUCAGUUGAGUGUUUCAAUUAGUGUUGUUAAUUCUAGAUUGGUUGAAUGGAUGUCUGAAUCUCGUCAAGAUUUGGCAUCGAACAUAAUGGAAAAAUAUGUGAUUCCAACUUAUAGAUGGAUGAGUGAAGAAACUUUGGCCCUUGAAUCUCAACAGCCCCAUCGAAAUGAUCCCAAGGUAUAUGAAGCAUUAGCUCAUUUUUGUGAGACACAGUAUAAGUCGAGGGGUUUGAAUGAAGAUAUACUGAAACUUGAAAAGAGGGUCGCUAACAAGAAACAAGAAAUUGAAGAGUUAAAAUCACAUUAUAGCAAAACGUCAGUUUCGGCCAAAGAAAAGAAAAAUGUUCAGAAGUUUUAUGUUAAACUAAAGCAUCAACUUCAACUGGAGACGAAUGAACUCGAAAACAUCAAGUCCAACAAGGAAAAGUUCUCUUUUAAAGCUGUGGAGUUAUAUCUUAAAAGUGUUUCGUUUGGUGGAAGCGAGGAAUGUCUUGAUAAGUUUUUUUCAUUAUGGUUGGAGAAUACAAACAGAGACGUUCUUAAUGCCUCUAUUAAAAACUUCCUUUUAAAGCUACCCUCUUAUAAAUUAAUAAGCUGGUGUGCACAACUCAUUUCAAGACUUUCAAAUGAACAGACUUCAUUUCAGAACCUUCUUCACCUCUUGUUGGUUCAAUUAUGUGUGGAUCAUCCGCAUCAUACUCUCUAUCAAUUAAUGUCACUUAGAAAGCAUGAGGCGUAUUCCAGUGAUAUCACAAGUGGUAUCAUUAUUUCGAAAUACAUGGCUGCGAACAAAUUAUGGAAUGAACUCAGUCAUGAAAAUCCUUUAUAUCAAGAAAUUUUGUCCACGAUUGAACUAUUCUGCAAUGAAAGUGUCAAACUUGCGGAAUACAAGGUUCCUAAAGGAAAAAGUCUUAACCUUGACAGAGCAAGCUUUGGAAAAUACUGGCUUGAAUCUCUUCCCCAUAUUCCACCACCAACAAAGAACUUGCCUCUUGACCAGACGACAAUGUACAAAAACAUUCCAAAAUUGCAUAGAAUUGACUGCAAAAUAUCCAUUGCAACAUCUGGUUUGAGUUUGCCAAAGAUUGCCACUUUUACUCUUACAGACGGCUCCACGCAUAAGAUUCUCUUUAAGCAUGGUACUGAUGAUCUCAGACAAGACUCCAUUAUGGAGCAAGUCUUCGAAAAAGUUAAUCAUAUUUUCCAUCGUGCCAGAGAAACCAGGCGUCGAAAAUUGGCUAUUAGAACCUACAAGGCCGUUCCCAUUGGACCACAAUCGGGGAUCAUUGAGUUUGUGGCCAAUUCAAUCGCCUUGGUAGAUAUUGUCAAACCGUACCAUAUAAAGUACGAUCUGCUUCAGCUAGACAAGGCGAGAAUCAAAAUGAAAGAUUGUCAGUCGAAUGAUAAAGAGGAGCGUAUCAGGGUUUAUAAAGAAGUUACUAGCGGUAUUCACCCCGUACUACGGUACUUCUUCUUUGAGAACUUUGUCACGCCCGAUUCCUGGUUCAAGAGCAGAAUCUCCUAUAGUCAUGGAAUGGCAACCACUUCUAUGGUAGGCCAUAUGUUGGGAUUGGGUGAUCGCCAUUGCAAUAACAUAUUAAUUGAUAAAAGCACGGGAGAACCUAUCCAUAUUGAUCUUGGAGUUGCAUUUGACCAGGGAAAACGAUUGCCCAUACCUGAAACCGUGCCUUUCAGGUUGACCAGAGACUUAGUGGAUGGACUAGGAGUCACUGGAGUGGAGGGUGUUUUCAAGAGAUCUUGUGAGCUUACGUUCAAGGUGUUGAGGGCCAACAAAGACCAUAUCAUCUCGAUCCUAGACGUUCUCCGCUGGGAUCCGUUGUACUCCUGGGCAUUGUCUCCCAUUCGGAAGAAGAAGUUGCAGGACGAUGAUACGGGGUGGGUGGUCCAGCCAGAGGAGGACGGCUCAGAAGCAGGAAGAGCAGUGCUGACGGUAAUGGAUAAAUUGACAGCAGGUGGUUUGAGCGAUGAGGCAGUGGUGAGAGAAUUGAUCCAGGAAGCGACCAGCGAGUCAAAUUUGGCGUUGAUCUACUUUGGUUGGUGUCCUUUCUUCUAA